AUGGUCGAAGACAAAGACUUCUCCACAGCAUCCGAACGCUUUCUCACAUGGCUGAAAGGGAACGGCGCAACGAUAUCUUCCCGAAUCCAGCUUGCGGACUUGAGAUCCUCUGGCGCUGGUCGCGGUAUAGUCGCCACGGAGAAUCUCAGCGAAGAUGAGGAGCUCUUCAGCAUCCCGCGAUCUUCCAUCCUCACAGUAGAGACUUCCUCUCUCCCCGAAGCAGCCCAGAAGGAAAUCAACGAUCCAUGGCUUUCGUUGAUCGUCGCCAUGGUCUACGAGUACCUCCGCGGUUCCGAAUCGCAGUGGAAAUCCUACUUCGACGUCUUGCCUGAAAAUUUCGACUCUCUAAUGUACUGGACCGACGACGAUCUCGAGCACUUGCAAGGCAGCGCCGUAGUCGACAAGAUUGGCAAAGACGGAGCAGAUACUACAUUCACGGAACAGCUCAUACCCAUCAUCGGCCAGUACGCCAACACCGGAAAUCGCAACAACGAAGAGCUGUUGGCGUUGUGCCACCGAAUGGGAAGCACCAUUAUGGCCUACGCAUUCGAUCUCGAGAAGGCUUCGAAUGAUCGAUCAAAGAAUGAAGAGGAUGGAUGGGAAGAAGACGAGGAUGAGGAGGGAUUACUACCUAAAGGAAUGGUGCCUCUUGCGGAUAUGCUGAACGCUGAUGCGGAUCGCAACAAUGCCAAACUCUUCUACGAGGAUGACAAGGUGGUGAUGAAGACGAUUAAGCCUGUCGAGGCGGGACAAGAGCUGUUCAACGACUACGGUCCGCUACCCAGAGCAGACGUGCUCCGGCGAUAUGGAUAUGUGACAGACAACUACGCCAAGUACGACGUGGUUGAAAUCACCUCGAGCUUGAUCAAGGAGCGUGCGAAGAAACAACUCCGACUGUCAGCCAACGAGCUAGACGAGCGAUGGAAGUUUGGUGAAGAGCAAGGAGUCGUAGACGAUGGCUACGAUAUCGCACACGCAGACAACGAGGACGGACAAUUCCCCGAAGAGCUGUGUGUUCUGCUCAACCUCCUGGCAACCUCAAAGGUGGAAUUCGACAAGUUGAAGAAAAAGGACAAGCUGCCCAAACCUGAAAUGUCCAUCGACGCCAAGAAACUACUUCGAACGGUGCUGGUCUAUCGAUAUGCAAUGUACUCGCCCGAGUCCCAGUCCAUGGCGGUCGAUGAAGCUGGCACUGGCGACAAGAGAAGAGCCAUGGCCGUGCAAGUCAUCGAGGGCGAAAAGUCGAUUCUUGAAGAAGCCGUCAAUGCUGUUGCGGACAUCACCCUCGGGACGAAGAAGAGAGCUGCCGACACGUUGGAGGACGAAGCCGCCGCGAUCCGUAACCCAGGAAAGAAAUAA